CCCCGCCGCCCGCGCAUCCUCUCCCGCGGCGCAUCCGCCCGCCCUCCGGGUCCUGCUCCCCCCGUACUCGGGGCCGGUCCGCUGGCUCCGGCUGGAACGUUUCCCCGCUGGCUGCCCUCGGAGGGGUUUAGUCGGUAGCGGUACACCGAGGAGAGGCUCCGUCCCUCAGGCAUCCUGUCUCACCCUGCGGGGGAAGGGAGCUGGGUGGGGGCAAGCCAGGAAGGGAGGAUCUCAGUGGCUCUCCUAAAAUCUAUCAGCAGGCUGCGAGGAGGGAAGAGUUUGGCACUUCGCAGCGAGGCUGGGCUUGUUUUCCCUAGCGGUGAUGCCGCUGGACUGAGAGCGGCGCGGCCGCGCGAGUUAGGGGGACGGAGCCCCCCCCACCUCCUUCCAGCGCCCCCCAGACCCGGCGCAGCGCCUUCAGCCCCGGCGGCUCGUCCCUGCCGCCCCACUGUAUGAGCGCUGCUCCGAGGACAGGGCGGCUCGGCGCCUGCUAGGGCUGCUCCCCGCCGCCCCCCGGACUUCUCCACCACCGACGAGGAGCGGCGCGCACCCCGCACCCGGAGAGUUGUCUCGGCGGGCUCCGUGCUAUGGCGAGGCUGCGGAGAAGCAAACUAGCCGCCGGAUUUCUAUUACUUUUCCAGUGCCUGAGCGAGCGCUGCCAGCUCGCCGGCGGGGAGACGCCGAGGCAGAGCCGCGGUGUGUUUUAUGAAGUUGUUCAGAGCUUCCCUCGAGUGGAGGAAAAUGUGGAGGUGGAUUCAUUUGUAAGCAGCCACAGGUGGAGAAGGCACUCAGAGUCCCUCAAAUCCGUGGACACCAACAGAGCCAGCAUGGGGCAGGAUUCCUUGGAGCCAGGGGGUUUCACAGACCUGCUGCUUGAAGAAGGACAUGACAACACUACACAGAUUGAGGAAGAUACAGAUCAUAAUUAUUACACAUCAAGGACAUAUGGCCCCUAUGAUUCUACCAGCCGGGAUCUGUGGGUCAAUAUAGACCAAAUGGAGAAGGACAAAGUAAAGAUUCAUGGGAUUCUUUCCAAUACCCAUCGUCAAGCAGCAAGAGUGAAUCUGUCCUUUGAUUUUCCAUUUUACGGACAUUUUCUACGUGAAAUUACUGUGGCAACUGGGGGUUUCAUAUAUACUGGAGAAGUUGUGCAUCGAAUGCUAACAGCUACUCAAUAUAUUGCACCCCUAAUGGCAAAUUUUGACCCCAGUGUGUCAAGAAAUUCAACAGUCAGAUACUUUGACAAUGGCACAGCACUAGUUGUCCAGUGGGACCAUGUACAUCUGCAGGAUAAUUACAACCUGGGGAGUUUCACUUUUCAGGCCACCCUUCUCAAUGAUGGGCGUAUCAUUUUCGGCUACAAAGAAAUUCCUGUCGCUGUGACACAGAUAAGCUCAACCAACCACCCAGUGAAAGUGGGACUUUCAGAUGCAUUUGUGGUCGUGCACAGGAUCCAGCAAAUUCCCAAUGUCCGCAGAAGAACAAUUUAUGAAUACCACAGGGUGGAGCUACAGAUGUCAAAGAUUACCAAUCUCUCAGCUGUUGAAAUGAUACCCCUUCCAACUUGUCUCCAGUUUACCAGCUGUGGUCCCUGUGUCACUGCCCAGAUUGGUUUCAACUGCAGCUGGUGCAGUAAACUCCAAAGAUGCUCCAGUGGAUUUGAUCGUCACCGGCAAGAUUGGGUAGACAGUGGCUGCCCUGAAGAGUCAAAGGAUAAGAUUUGUGAGAAGAAUAUAGACACAACUGAAACACCUCUGUACUCCACCACCACCCUUCUGCCAACCACCACAAGGUUCAGAUUUUUAACAACCACCAGAGGAUCCACUACUUCCCACCUUCCAACCAGCCUGCCCACAGAAGAUGACACCAAGAUAGCACUGCACCUAAAAGAUAAUGGAGCUUCAACAGAUGACAGUGCGGCGGAGAAGAAAGGUGGAACACUUCAUGCUGGGUUAAUUGUCGGCAUCCUCGUCCUGGUCCUCGUUGUGGCUGCAGCCAUCCUCGUGACUGUCUACAUGUAUCAUCACCCAACGUCAGCAGCUAGUCUCUUCUUUAUAGAGCGACGUCCAAGCAGAUGGCCAGCAAUGAAAUUCAGAAGAGGAUCUGGACAUCCUGCCUAUGCUGAGGUGGAACCAGUGGGAGAAAAAGAAGGGUUCAUCGUAUCAGAGCAGUGCUAAAAUUUCUGGGACAGAACACCAGUACUGGCCUACAGGUGUAAGACAUUUAUUUUGCCUCUCUUUAAAGAAAAGGAGCCCUAAGCUGCUGUAGCCUGAUAGAAAGAAGAUUCUGGAUAUACUUUGUCCAAGAAGAAAAACUAUCUAAGAUACCAGAUUACUACUGCAUAGUAGUUUUUGUUAGUGGACUGAGACACAAUGGUUCAUGCAGAACACUUGUCAGUGGACACCUACAGUAUCAGAACCAUGGCACAAGUGCCAUGUUAUUUGCUUUAGGUGUGGGGAUGCACAGUAAUCAGAAAUAUAAUAAAGCUUUGGUGCGCAAGGGUGUUGCCCUUUGGUUCAAGUCUUCUUCUCUGUUAUUGCAAAGACUGAGGAAAAAACCUGUACCAUUUCAGUGCAAAGGGCAUUGAUCACAGUGUGAUUGAGAAAAGUAUCUUAAGACAGGUAAAGAAGAAGAAAAGGAAUUUUCCAACAUUUAUAUAAGCAGAUGUGAAAUACAAAUACACUUUUCAAAUCGACCUGCCAACCUGAGUGAGUCACAAUGUAAAUGCUUUCCAGGAAUAAUACAGUGUUUCUUGUACGUUGCUGAUUACUAAGCUGCUCAACAACUCAUGAUACACAGAUUGGUAAAAACUGAAGACAACAGAGAAUUUUCAUGAUGGUGGAAUUAUUUCAUGGAAGUUCACAAUGAUGUUUGGCUGAUUUUCGAUUUCAGUGUUCCCUAAAAAUUGAAUUAUCAGAUUUGUAUUAAGGUGUAUUUUUCAUUUCUCAGCAGUAGGUUGAAAUAAAAGCAACAGAUCCUUUUAGCUGCCAGAGAGCUUAUGGAGCAUUUCUUAGGCAACGGGGUAAGAAAAAUAAGAUUCAAAAUAAAUGGGUUUCUAUUCUUUGCCAUUUCAUUGUGAGUCCUUACUGAGAAGCACCAUAGACUUCAAUGCACCCCUUCCAGAGAUUCAGAUACAAGUGUUACUGAACCCUGCUGAUUCAUACAGUGGUUUUGUUUAAUGCACAUAGUAGUUGCAUAAAUAUAUAUAUAAAUAUAUUUUUUUUUAUAGCUAACACAAGGCGGGUUCUUGUGACUGUUAAGACUGCAUUUUUGUCAUCCAGACAAAGGAAAUGAAUUGCAUUACUGCAUAUUUCCACUGAGUUGUAAAAUAAUCCUUAAUAUUAGAAUAUUUUUAUGUUGUGUAGGGAAGGUGGUUCAUGUAGUUGCAGUCCAUAAACUUUCUGCCUAUUGGAACCAUUCUUUCUGUAAAAUUGACUCUUUCCCUCCCUGCACAGGGAAAGACAACACUAUAAAUUCACACCAUCAAAAACAGUUACUCCUUUCAGGGAAGGGGUUAAUAUACAUGAGCUUCCCUGAGGAGUAGAAAUCUAAAUGCUUUGAUGAUCUGGGCCUGAGGUAUUGAAAUAUAAAAUUCAGGUACUGCAUGUAUGUUUCAUAGCAGUCAUUUACUAUCAAUUUUUUUACAUACUGUUCAAGGCACUUGAAUGAUUUUUAAGUGAGGUAGACAACAUUUGUGAUUUUGGAUUUUGAGCCGUUUAAAAAAGUUGUAGAUGCCACCUUAAUAGUACAGUUACUUACAUUUCUUGAUGCUUGUGUGACCUAAAUUUGAUUACUUAAUGCUGUUAAAAAAAAAAAAAAAGCAAACAUUAUUUUUGUUAUUUUCUUCAGUAAAUACUACAAUACUGUAUUUUCUGUAUUCUUUUGUUUUGGGUAACACAUUUUUAUUUUCAUCUGGUUUGAAUCAUCUAGCAUGAGAUUGAAACUGUGCAAAAACUAACUGAUAUUAAUCUGAAGGUACUAACAAACGUAUUGUUUCAAAGCCUGGUUAAAAACCUGUUGCAAGUAGUCAUUUCCAUUUGUGUGGGUCUGCUGAGCCCUUUUUCUAAUAGGCUGGGUUUAAAUUGCAGGCUUUUAAUUCUGAUAGCAAUAACCAAAUGUAUGCACAUAUAUAUGGUGACACUCAUUUUUAUUAAAUAAAACGGUAUCAGUGCACAUCAUGUAGGAACGUAUUUGGUGUGCAAUAAUUAUCAUCAGUUAUUCUGGGAAUCUUGGAAGUCAUCAGCUGGGGUUCAUUCUAAAAGAAGCAAUUGUAGAGCUUCAGGAAUCCUGUUUGAAAUAAUUUUUAUUUCAGAGAACAUCUUUGCAAAUUAUAUUAGGAAUUUGCAAAAAUUUACAUUGUACUGUAAUAAGUUCAAAGGAUAUUUCAUAUAAGUAAAGAAGAUUUAUAUUAUUAUGGGUUUACAGGUCUGCUCUUCAUCUGAUUCACUCCUGUUUUUACCCAGGUAUGUAAUACAUGUCAUGCAAUGGAGCUGACAGAGUAUUUGUGAUUUGAUUAGACAAAUAUAUCAAAUAUAUCAAAUUUAUAUCAAAUAUAUCAAAUUUUAAAAUCUGAUGUUUUGAUUACUUUUGGUUUAAGGCCCCUUCACAGCUGAAGGAUGUUUGUUAGUAUUUGCAGACUAACUUACAUGUUAUACUACUUCAUAAAAUAAUAGCAACCAUUUUUUUCAUUUUUGUCCCCCUCAUGUACUUAGGUGGGAGAUUUCACUGGUCUGCAGGGAGCAUCAUAGAAUACUUCUUCAGGUUUUUGCCAUGAUGUUUUAUGCUGUGGAUUAUAACAUGAGGAGUUGCUGGGUUUAUUUAAUGAGAUUGAUGGGCAUAUGCUUAUGUCUGAUAAGAACUGCUACCUGAUGAGAAAACCUCCUGCAUACUAAUGGAUGUAUAGUGUCUCAUUGGUGUCUGCUUUGAUAUAAUCUGUGGUUUGUUCUAUUUAUCCCAGUAGGCAAAAGUUAAUUAAGUAAUCUGUUGCUGUUUUGUAAUUCCAUCUGGUUUUCUAAUUUUUUAAUAAUUAAAAUUGCCACAUUAAAAAUUAUACAAACAUUAA